UGACAAAUCAAUCAUCAGUAGAUUUGAUAAUCGUAAAGCUAAAAACUAUACUUUAAUUGUUUGUCUUCUGGUGAUGAUUAUGGCAACACAACACAACAACAACAACAACAAAAACAACAAAACGGAAUUGAUGCAUUUUAUUUUUUCAUUCGAUUAAAUCAAUCAAUUGAUUAUAUAGUUGUAGCCAUGGUGGUUGCUACCAUUUCUAGUCCAUUUUCGACGAUGAUGAUGAUGAUGAUAACGCAAUCGACGAUGAUUAUUGUAUCCUUGUUGUUUUUGUUAUGAUGAUGAUGAUGAUAGAGUAGUGGCACUUGAUGCUUUUAUAGUCAUCGUUUUUUGUUGUUGUUGUUGUCUGGGUGUUUGUUUGUAAAUUGUGAUUCAAUAUAUUGAAAAACUGUGAUGUAUGUGAAAUGUGAUCAUUCAUUCAGAUUCAGAUAUAGAUUAAUAAGUAAAAAAUAUGAAAAGUUUUUGUUGUUGUUGAAAUUGGUCCACUGAAAUUGUUACUAAAAUCAACGAAAAUUUUUUCCCUCCAAUAAUCAUAAUGAAUACUAAAAAUUCGAAUAAUAAUGAUGGCUGUGAUUAUGAUCAAUUGGUCAGUUCGAAUAAUCGAAAAUCAUUUUGUGAACCAAAUUCAGAUUAUGAUUAUCCAAUCAAUACGAAAAAAAGCAUAUGGAAUAUGAAACCAACAUCGAUUGGUCAUUUGAAUUCGAAUUCGAAUCAUUUAUCACCACCAUUACAUAGUUCAUCAUCAUUUGAUGAUUAUUCUAGAAACGGAAUGAUUCAAACAAAAAAUCUAAUGCAACCACCGGAAACCAUUACCAAUAUUCUGGACAUGGUCAUUCCAAAAUUACCGGCUAAAAGUAUCACGAACAGUAGUACCAGCAGCAAAGAUGAUUUACAGAAAGCAAAAAGUUUCUAUUAUGAUAUACCGAAAAAUAUACCGGUUAAAUCACGUUCAACGACGACGACGACAACAACAAAUCUGAUGACUGCAUCAUCAUCAUCAUCAUGUUUAUUAUUUAAUUCUUCACAUAAUAAUCGGCCACAAUUGCCAAAAAAAUCAUCAUUUGUUCGUAGGAAAAUUCAAACCAAUUAUAAUAAUGAUGAUAAUUAUGAAAAUUUACCAGAAAUGAAUCAAAACAGAAUUGAAUCAACAACAAAUACAUUGAAUCGUCAUCAUACAUCACGAUCAUUACCGCCAUUAAUAAUGGAUACAAAAGCAUCGACAUUACCACGGCCACCAAAAAGUAUUGUAACAUCAACUGCCAUUAACAACAACAAGGGCAGCAGCAGCAACAACAAUAAACUUGAUUUAACCGAAAAUUCAUCCGAAAAAAUUAUCAAUUAUAGCCAAAAUAUUGACUACGAAGAUGAUGAUGAUGAUGAUGGCUGUGAUUAUGAAUAUGAUUAUGUUUGUUUGGAAUCGAAAAAGAAAUUAGAUGAUGAUGAUGAACGUAUCAAAAUGUUGUUAUCGAAUCAAUACCAAUUUCGUUAUGAAAAUCUUGUUUUUCAAUCCAAUUCAUUUGUUUUACCAUCUUCUACAACAAAUAUUCAAUCAAUGAAACAAUUUUAUCGGCGACACAUUUUUCAAGCACAACGUAAUUUCUAUCAAUGGACACGUUUAGCUAUUGAAAUCAUUAAUCAUCGUCAAUAUAAACCGGAAGUUUAUUUCAAUUUUGUUAAACAUAUCUUAUUGGCUGGACAAAAUCUAUUGAAUACAUUUAAAUUAUUCAUACGAAAAUGGCAACAACAGCAACAACAAUUUGAUCAUAAUCAUCAUCAUCAUCAUCAUCGGCAUCGGCAAAAGAAUUGGAUAAAUUUUCCAUCAAAUUUCUUGAUCAAUUGAAACAAAUUGUUAUGAAAACCAAACGUUUAACAUUUGCUGCUGCAUUCGGUAAUAAAGCUAUGGAUGAUCUUGUUGAACAUUUACAAUUGGCAUCAGAAAUGUCUGAUUCAGUGAGAAAAAUGUUUACAAUCUAAUGCAUCAUUCUAUUUUUUUUUUUUAUUCGAAAUUUUUUUUUUUUUUUCAAAUUUUAAUUCUUUUUUAAUCGAUAA